UUGAUCGCUGUCGUAUUAAAACACACAUCAUGUGCAUACGUAAAUUUUCGCUAAUUUCUCACUCUAUUUAAAAUGUCUCUAGAAGAGUCGAAACAACAAAGGGCUAAUAUCAAGAAGAAUAUUUCCCGCAUCAAAAACAUCGUUGAGGCCAGUCUACGACCAGGUGUUAAAACACUCUCCGUAGCUGAGUAUAAAUGUCGGCUUGGAAUUCUUGAAUCGUACUUCAAGAAUGUGUUGUCUACCCAAACCGACAUCGAAAGGCUGGAUUCGGAGGAUGGUGGUCGUGCAGACCUAGAGGAGCUAUACAUCACAAUGAAGUUGACCAUUCGGACCCAACUAACUGAAGAUCACAACGCCACAAUUUCAGAAAGCACUUGUGUCAUGCAAGCAAGUUCUAAACUUCCCAAACUUAAGCUUCCUUCAUUCAGCGGUAAAUAUUCUGAAUAUACAAAUUUCAUAACAUCCUUUAAGCAAAUAAUUGACCGUGAGUAUAGCCUCUCAAACAUAGAGAAAUUUAAUCAUUUACGCAAUUGUCUCCAGGGUCCAGCGUUAGAAACAAUUGAUGCAUUUUCAGUUUCUAAUGAAAACUAUACGAAGGCAUUGGAUAGACUUAAGGUUCGGUAUGACAAUGCAACCUUAAUAUUUUUAGAAAACAUAUGUUCGUUGUUUGAACUUUCGUCAGUUUCCAAGUCCAAUGGCGCCCAGUUGAGAAGUCUCAUUGACAAAGCGUCCGCGCUUUACGGCUCAUUAUUGUCAUUGGGCACAGAGGGCCAAAUUUCACAAGCCAUGCUUAUUUAUUUAGUUUUACAGAAGGCAGAUGAGGAGACAAACCGUAAAUGGAAGUAGUCUCUAGAAUUUAACACAUUACCG